AUGUCUUGGAACUCGCCCAGUCCAUCCGGGAGUUCUGACCACUCACUCCUUGCAUUCACUCGGUCCCGAGAAGUGUCAGAAGACUAUGUCCAAGCAGAAUCGAGUACAUCAGGUGAAAAGCGCGGUGGAAGCAGCGGUCCUCGAUACGACUCUAACCUUGAAACCGUGCUGCCACGAACACCGAGCCUGCACCAAGCCUCGAGAAGUCACAAAGAUGACCUUGCGGGACCCGAAAUCCACGUAUCCAAAAAGCCUCGGACUUCUGGUGGGUUCCUGCUCGAACCUAAGAGCGCUCCCUCCCGCUUGGCAUUCCUGUCGCGUUCAAAGAACGAAACAUCAAACAUCAAGGGGAAGGAGAAGAGAGAAGGCUCAGGGUUGCUGAUCUCUAAGAGAAGGAACCGGCAUUCGCAUAGAUCAUCUAUUGGAAGUUCCCCUCUUGCGACCAAGGUCUCGACGCUGGAGGAUGAUGCAGAUGUGUGUUCAGGCAGUCCUGCUUGGGUUGCUUCAGACCUCCGGCGGUCUGUGGGUUCUGGGAGUAAUGUCAAGGAUAGCCCUACGCCGCAAGAUGAAUCGCAGACAACAGGUUCAACACUAGAGACAAAUCCAGUCGGCUAUGAUACAGAUCCCAUGCAGAUCGUGAACCUAGCGUUAUCCCUUAGUGAAGGAAGACGAAGACAGGCAUCUGGUAUGCGAGUCGUCUCUGGCAAUUCUGAGAUCAGGCGCUCGAUCUCGACGAGUCAAAGAAGCAAUCUACUUGUUGCUCGCCCGCAAAGCAAUAUUGGACAGUACCUCCAUUCGGACAGGCAGUUCUCACGAAAUAUCUCCCCUCGGGCCCAGGGACAUGGACAACCAGUAUCCAUAAAUGCACAAAGGAAGUCAAGGAUUCCUGGGAGCUAUCUUCAACCUCCAAUAACCGAUCACACGGAUUAUGAUCUCCAUGAUGACCUGUACGAUGUUUCUGACGCUACUAUCGCCCGAGUGCAGAAAGCAAAGAACCAUUUUGAGCUCUUGUACGAGCACCGCCGCUUACUAUCUCAUCUACCGCCCCUUCGUCCACCAACCCAAAGCCCCAGAAAAUCGGACAGUGAAGGCAGAGCAUAUAAUCCUCUUCAAUAUGUACGGAAUCGUAAAGUUCGAUUCCCCGAAAGAAAGUCAAUUGAAAGCGAUGCAGAAGGAUGGCAUGAUGUUCAACAAGUCCGGGCUUGGGUUGAUGCCAUAAUCGAAGGCCACAACGAGCGUCGCCACGAUCCUGAUGAGUGCAUUCGCCUACCUGAAAUGCAUCAUCUUCAUACCGAAAGGCCUGAGGAGGGCAUGAAUCCCAAGGAGGUAGCCUCACCAAGCUCGAUGUCACAUAAACGUGAUGCUAAUCCACCUGGAAAGCAUUACAGGCUCCGAUCAGAUUGGAUCGUAUCACCAGGAGAUGUGUUGGCCGAUAUAUACUGGCUCGAACAAGGAUCGAACAAGACCAAGAUAGAAGACAGAGAUGGGAACAAGAUUUACCCGCGGAAUGCGAAACUCAAGUUUACAGACUGGCGGAACAGGAACCCAGCCCACGGACAAGGGUCGCAGCAGUCUUCACAUCCGCCUGAAUCAGCGGAGAACAAUAAGCCACAACCGUCUGUUCCUCUUACUCCACCAGAGCUCCCAUCUUUCACCUCGACAGGUCGGAAAGGUAAACACAGAAGGAGGGGAAGGCGGCGCGACGUGAAGCGAGGGGUGGAUUCAGAUUCGGAAAACAGUGAUAGCGAGUCGCGAAAGAAAAGCAAGCGACUACGCAGGACUCUAAUGCGACCCCGGAGUAAGUCUAGCUCCUCAGACUCUGACGAUGAGAAGAGCUCCCAAUCGCCAGUGAAGGAUCGAAACAGGGAGAACGAGAGAAUUGCAGCCGAGAGUGGUAAACUCGAUCACUACAUGCGGAAGAUGCUGGAUCGCGAUACCAUACGUCGCUCCCAAUCGUCUGUAGAGCGAGCGCGGGACUCUGCUUUGCCCGAGUCCCAGAUGGCAUCUAGCAGAGAGCGAGCAGCUUCCAAAAACCGCCUGAAGACUGAUCACCUACGAGAGGCCGUGCGAAAUAGUUUAGACAGGAGGCGCCAGUCUCGCCCAAGUCUCGACAUUGAAAGACCAGCACGGGCAUCUUUGGAUGGUGACACUACAGCUCCCAGCUCUCCGUCGAUUCAUCAGUUCCCCAGCAUAGCGAUCGAUCUAUCACCACCUCCUAGCAGAUCACCCUCUCCACCAAAGAGAGCACUACAUUCUCGUAUGAACCCAUUCCAUGAUCGAACCGAAAGUAAGCAACGGAAUGGCAUCGAUGCUGCUGACUUUGCAGAUGGAACCCCUCCGCCACCGUUUCAGAAGGAAAGUAUCCAGUUGGAAAAAAAUUUGAUACUUCCCAAUGACAGCUCUAGAGACACGAGCCCGAUGACCAAAAGUGCAAGACGUACUUCAGUACCGAGCGUCCCCAGUGUCGACCCCCAAAGGACCUAUAGCACGGCUUCCAAGACAUCUGCCAAAAUUCCAAAUAGUCCAGACGCUACGUCUCGCAUCCGUGGAAUGUUCAAAGGUGGAAGAAUUGCUGAAUUGGUGGGCAACGAGGUUUCACGGGUUGGAGACUUCAUCUGGAAGCGAGAGCCACCUUCGGCGACCCGUACGUCGUCAUCCGCAUCAAGUCUCAAAUCUCAGCCAGGCUCAGAUGCCGAGGAAGAAGUACUUGCGAACGGUCGUGUAUCGAAAAGGCUACCUCAACCACAUUCCGGGCGCUCUUCCGCAUCAGCUGAAGGGACUGGCAAGAUUGCCACGUCUGGUCAAGCUCGAUCCGGCCCCAAAGUUGGGGAGAAACCCGCAUUGUUCAUGAAUAAUUUGCCGAGCUUCACCUCCCCAUUCCAGAAGGACCGAGAAGUACAGGAGGAGCGGGAUCGUGCAGCACUUCUGGUACCUGAGUCAUCGCCGACAAAGGAUUCAGAUCACAUCUCGAAUGCCGCUCCGCAAUUUCGAUCUGUCUCUAAGUCUCUGCGGUUGGAACGACUUGCUCCACCCAAGCUCAAUAUUUCUCGGACUAACUCUCCUGCCGGAUCGCCUGACCGCCGUCGAGACGGCUAUGAUUUCAGCAAACCCUUGGUUCACCCCCCCGUCACCGGUCUUACCAGUCUUAAAGCUUCCAGAUCCGGUGGGGAUCUUGCCGGGAACUGGGAUCCCUCAGUCCGAGACCCGUCCAUCAAGCCUGCAUCCAUCAUCAUAACGAAGAAAGACAUAGCACGCGCACGUGCUCUUCUCCUCUCUUCCGGCGCCAAAGCUCGCCAGAUCUCCCUCCGCGCUCACUCAAUCCCUUCUCGUCCCCCACGAAUCCUCCUCGACAUUGUCGAACCUCAACCACAAUCACCUGAAGCACUACAAUCCCUCCUCGUGCCCCGCAAAGACGAACCCGUCCUCGCAGCACGCAGCCUCAUCUCAACACUAGCCACCCAAUCCAACAAUUUCCGCACCUCGCUCGAGCAUUUCACUUCUACCACCUCGCCCUCACUUCACACCUCGCUCCAAGCCCUCGACGACCUCGUCGAAAACACCCUCACACCCCGUGUCCGCGCCGCAGCGGAUGAGAGCGGCGAGCUAAGCACGAAGCUCACCACCACCUCUACGCUUGCAAUCAAGGCGCUCAAUGACGUGAUCGAAGGGGCGAUGAGGCGGAGACGGAAGAGUCCGGUGAGGCGGUUGAGGCGGUUGGGAUAUGCGAUCGUGGAGUGGUUGGUUGUGGGGCUGUUGUGGGGGAUUUGGGGGGUGGUUAGUUUGGUGAGGGUUGUAGUGGGUGUUUUGGGCGGGAUCUGGAGGGCAUUGAGGUGGUUGGUUUGGUUGGAUUGA